AUGAGCUGCUUCAUCGUCGAAGUCACCUCCGUUGAUUCGUUGGAGGUGCCCAAACUUUUGGAUUUUUUCAUACACCCUAAGAUUGCUGCAUCUAGGACUCGUGCACCUUGCUGGACAUGGGUCAUCAAGGUGCACGCGCUGCGACUCGCAUGUACUAUUAUCUGUAUAAGUGCUUCUCCAUCAUGCCACCUUUUUCUCCUCGUGACUUCAGUUCGUCUCGUCCAUUCACUACUUUCCAGAUAUCUCGUCUUUGCCAUCAGUUCACAUUCCAAGUCCGCCAUGGCUCUCACCUGUGACGACGUUACCGUGCUCGUCGCCGAGCACCUCGACAUGGAUUCGAUGCUUGCCUUCAUGCUCAGCUCCAGGGCCAACUACCAGCUGAUCAAGCGCCAUGAGCGGUCCAUUGUUAAAGCCAAGAUUGCGAGCAUGGUUUUCGACCCCGUGCUCAUGCCGCCUUUCGGUGCGCUCCUGUCAUCAUGUCCUCCUCCUCAACCAGAUAUGAACCGCAACGUCCUGGACCCUUGUACUUUUGCCAUCGCCAAGGAGUUGGAAUUGCGAGAACGUCAAAUCAACACCAUCUUCAUCCCCCAAUCCGCCAGCCCUCAUGGCGAGAUAUUUCUCGAUGGACUCAACCGGCUUCCCUCUUAUCAGCGCCUCCCGCCAGACCAGAUGGAGUGCUUGGUGGACGGCUUUAAGGAUGCCUGCAGGGUGGCCGCCCGCAUCGCCGAUUGCGAGGCUUCUGUCCGUUUCAAAACCGAAAAAGCAUCCAAGAAUGUUGGCUAUUACGAGGGUGGUGAGAGACGGCCCAUCGAGCACAAGGUCCAUCUUGCUCGGCAACAAUUCAUCCGCUCCCUGUCCCCGAUCCGCCUGGCCUUCCUCACGCUGCUGCGACGUCUGGCGGGCAUGAAAUAUGCCCGACAACAAUUCCGGGAGCCCUACUACUCGGACACCUUCUGGGAACGCAUCACGGCCUUCGAAGAGACCUUUAUUCGUCAUGGCACCGCCGUCAUAUCCGCCCUGUUGCUCCCUUCCGAGCCCGCCAAAGAACCCCACAGAGCCCAACUUGAGGCACUUAGCUUUGGGGUUGGUCACUCGCCGCCCCGGCAUUCAAGCAAGCCGGCUGAAUACUACGCGUCACAAGUCGACAAGGUGCUUCGGGAGGUCCUGGAGUACGAAGGGGCCUACUUGAUGUCUUCGUCGCCCGACCAGCCUGAAGGCGAUCCCAGGCCGAUCCCAGACAGCCUCCACAUGACGGUGCUGCAUGCGUUUCAGGCUUCCGAAGAGAAUGAGGUGGAACAGCGUCUCAAGACCACCAACGAGAAGGAGGAUGCCGAUGGCAACUGGCUGUUCAACAUCGACGUCACUGUAUUUGAUCCUGAUUCUGAUGACGCCGAAGAAUACGUGUCACCGAUGAUGUUGAGGGAACUGGACCCUCGGGACGCUCUAAUCCUCAAGUGGAUCAGGAGCACUAGGCACAACCUCGCACGCAAACACAUCAGAGUAGACUAG